AAGCCUCCAAGGUUCGGUUCCGACGCUUGCUUAGGUUUAGGGGUUUAUCUCGUCUCUGUACAAAACCUCGUCUAGGUUACAUGCCUGGACCUCUUUCAACUUCACACCGUCGUGAGGACUCCCUGGUUCGUGCGUAAUUUGCUGCAACCAUGAGUAAGCUUCAGAGCGAUGUCCUCAGGGAGGCCAUCACUCAGAUUACCACUGCCGCUAAGGAGAAGAAUAGGAAGUUCACAGAGACUGUGGAGCUUCAGAUCGGUCUGAAGAACUAUGAUCCCCAGAAAGACAAGCGUUUCAGUGGUUCCGUGAAGCUGCCACACAUUCCUCGCCCUAAGAUGCGCGUGUGCAUGCUCGGAGAUGCCCAGCACGUUGAGGAGGCCAACAAGAUGGGCAUGGAAUACAUGGACGUCGAGAGCUUGAAGAAAAUGAACAAGAACAAGAAGCUCGUGAAGAAACUGGCGAAGAAGUACCACGCUUUCUUGGCCUCCGAGUCUGUCAUUAAGCAGAUUCCUCGUCUGUUGGGACCUGGUUUGAACAAGGCCGGAAAGUUUCCCACUUUGGUGUCUCACCAGGAAUCGCUUGACGCCAAGUGCCAGGAGACCAAGGCCAUGGUCAAGUUCCAGCUGAAGAAGGUGUUGUGCAUGGGAGUUGCCAUUGGAAAUUGUGACAUGGAGGAGAAGCAGAUCUUCCAAAACACUCAGAUGGGUGUCAACUUCCUUGUAUCCCUGCUGAAGAAGAACUGGCAGAAUGUCCGCGUUCUGUACUUGAAGACUACCAUGGGCACCCCUGUCCGUAUCUAUUAGUUGUGUAGAACGUGGAUUGUAAGGCAUCUUUCAGUCAAUGCCAAUGAAAAUUAUGGAGGUUUCUAUUUCUGUUCCAGCUUCCUUUCAUUGCUGCAAAUCGAAUUCUGUACCCUUCCAUGUUUCAAUUCAGAGCUGUUUUUUGGCAUCA